GCGGAGGAGGGGAAGGCGCCGGGAGGAGGGCGCGGGCGCGGGGAGCCGGGCGCCCGGGCCGAGCCCGCACAGUGCGAGCCGCCUGCACCCCCGAAGUGCGGAGCGGGGCGCGCGGCGGGGCCGGGCCACCUCCCGACGCCAGCGGGAACUCGCCCCGCGGCCUGCCCGACUCUGCCGCGCUUCCUCCUCCCUCCUCUUCCUUGGGCCACGAAACGCCCGGGACCUGGGACUGCGCCGCGCGCCCCCGGCCGCGGGAGGCCCCGCGGGGAACUCGGCGGAGCGGCGCCCGGACCCGCCCGCGCCAGGAAAGUUCGCGGCCGCGGCCCGAGGCGCCGGCGCCGGCCGAGCGAGCGGAGCUCCGGCAGCUGCGCGGCGGCGCGGGCUCGAGUCCCGGGGCGGCCCCGGGUGGCGCUGCCGGGCGGCGCCGAGAGCUGGGAGCCGGGAGCCGGGCGUCCGGACCCGGGCGGCGGGGGACGCGGGGGUCCUGAGCGCGGCGGCCCCGGCCCGGGGGCGGCCUCGGGGAGAGCCGGGCGCGGCAUGGCGCGGCUCCCGCGGGCCGAGGUGGCCGCGGCCGGCGUGCUGCUCCUGUGCCACUUGCUCCUGGACCGCUGUCAGCUGGCCGGCGCGGAGCCCGGCGGGUCGCCCCACGUGUGGGCCUAUGAAGUGGCCGCGGCGCGGGCGGAGGAGGCGGUGGCCGUGGACGUGGGGACCUUCAGCGCCAGGUGGAGGCGGAGCUCCGAGCCGCUCAGGGCGGUGGACACCAACCGCGCCAGCCCGGGCCAGGAGUCCCCCGAGCCCCGCGGCUUCCCGGACCUGCUGAUGGACGACGGGCGGGACAACAACACGCAGAUCGAGGAGGAUACAGAUCACAAUUACUACAUAUCUCGGAUAUAUGGACCAACUGAUUCCGCCAGCCGAGAUUUGUGGGUGAACAUAGACCAAAUGGAAAAAGAUAAAGUGAAGAUUCAUGGAAUAUUGUCUAAUACGCAUCGGCAAGCUGCGAGAGUGAAUCUGUCCUUCGAUUUUCCAUUUUAUGGCCAUUUCCUACGUGAAAUCACUGUGGCAACUGGGGGUUUUAUCUACACUGGAGAAGUUGUACAUCGGAUGUUAACUGCCACGCAGUACAUUGCACCUUUAAUGGCAAAUUUCGACCCCAGUGUGUCCAGAAAUUCAACAGUCAGAUAUUUUGAUAAUGGCACAGCCCUCGUCGUCCAGUGGGACCACGUACAUCUCCAGGAUAAUUACAACCUGGGAAGCUUCACAUUCCAGGCAACCCUUCUCAUCGAUGGGCGCAUCAUCUUCGGAUACAAAGAAAUCCCCGUCUUGGUAACACAGAUAAGUUCAACCAACCACCCGGUGAAAGUGGGGCUGUCCGAUGCCUUUGUCGUGGUCCACAGGAUCCAGCAGAUCCCCAAUGUUCGAAGAAGAACGAUUUAUGAAUACCAUCGUGUAGAGCUACAGAUGUCAAAGAUUACCAACAUUUCAGCCGUGGAGAUGACCCCAUUACCCACCUGUCUCCAGUUUAACAGUUGUGGUCCCUGUGUGUCCUCUCAGAUCAGCUUCAACUGCAGUUGGUGUAGCAAACUACAAAGAUGCUCCAGUGGGUUCGAUCGCCACCGGCAGGACUGGGUGGACAGCGGGUGUCCUGAGGAGUCAAAGGAGAAGAUGUGUGAGGACACGGAGCCAGUGGGCACGUCGCAAACCUCCACGACGGUCCGGACGACAAGCACACAGCUCAGCGUCCUCACCACCACGCGGCGCGCAUCCACGUCCCCGCUGCCCACCAGCCUGCCCACCGAAGAUGAUACCAAGAUAGCACUACAUCUAAAAGAUAAUGGAGCUUCCACAGAUGACAGCGCGGCCGAGAAGAAAGGGGGGGCCCUCCACGCUGGCCUCAUCGUGGGGAUCCUCAUCCUGGUCGUCAUCGUCGCGGCGGCCGUCCUCGUGACCCUCUACUUGUAUCACCACCCGACCUCAGCAGCCAGCAUCUUCUUCAUCGAGAGACGUCCGAGCCGAUGGCCGGCUAUGAAGUUUCGAAGAGGCUCUGGGUAUCCUGCUUAUGCCGAAGUUGAGCCCGUUGGCGAGAAAGAAGGUUUCAUUGUCUCGGAGCAGUGCUAGACAUUCUAGAAGAGCAGCACCGUGCUGGCCUACAGGUGUUAAGACUAAAAUUUCGCCUACACUUUUGAGACAAACACACACACAUGCACACACACACACACACACAAGAGCCUUCAGCUGCUGUAGCCUGAAGGAGACGAGAUUUCUGAACAAACCCAGCCCAGGAAGGGUGCAAGGAAAAAUAAACGCAGACAAGACACCUUAUGACCACCGAACAUAGAAUUCCUCAGUGGAAUGAAAUCUAUAGUUCACUCAGAACAUCUCCUGUGGAUUUAUCGGAAGUAUGACAAGAUGACAAUGCUAUUGGCUUAGGUGCAGGGUUGUGUAGGGAUCGAGAAAAUAAUAAUAAAGCUUUAGUUCACAAGGGGUCUAUACCUUUGCUUCGAAUGUUCCCUGAUGUUGCAAAGUUAAUUGUAUUCUGAAGCUUGAGCCCUUUCACUCAAAAGAGCAAUGAUGAAUGUUUCGAGAUUGCUGAGAAAAAGAGUUCACGCAGGAGCACAAAGAAACACAAAACAGGAGAUUUUCUGUCUUUUCAAAGCAGACAGCUGGCCCAAGGAUUUCGUUGUACUGGUUGGGAUCUGCCUGUUCCAACAAGUUCACGACUUUACACAAUGAAUUUCUAUCUGUACAGGAGUUUCCAAUUCUUUCAGCCUCUUCCUUGGUGAUGAAUACACUUUUCCAUGAGCUGUGACAGGAUUUCCAAACUUUUAGCUAAAUAGUGGGAAAGAGGGAGGAGCAAGUGAGGCUUGCAGUUCUCUGGCCUCAGAAUGAAGCAUCUGAUUUGUUUUAAGAAGCUUUGGCUCCAUUUCCCACCUGUGAGGUCACCUGGAGGCCACAGGUGCUCUUAGCUGAAGGAAACGACAGGCUGCACUAGGAGGAGUUCCUUAAUUAUUUUUGAAGCAAAGAUGUUAAGGGAUUUUAAACAUGGUUUUUGUUGGCUUUUUUUUGUUUUUGUUUUUGUUUUGGUCAUUUUAGGACUAAAAGCCCAUUUUAUUGUCAUUUCCUAUCUAGAAGCUAUUCCAUUCCAGCACACACCCGUGGCGAUAAGAAUGAAUGUUUCAGAACCCUGCUGAACCCAGCAAUUUCCUUUAAAGCACAUAGUAGUUACAUAAAUAAAUAUAUAUAUAAAUAUAUUUUGUUUAUAACUAACACAAGGCAGGCUCUUGUGACUCAGUGCAUUUUGUCAUCAAGACAAAACAAAUGCAGGCUGCGUUGCUGCAUACUUCCAUAGAGUUGUAAAAUAAUCCUUACUAUUAGAAUAUUUUUAUGUUACUUAGCAAAAGCAGUUCAAUUAGCAGUGCCAACCAUUCUCCUGCCAAAAUAAGGCAGAUGCAUCUGCCGUUUGCCCUGUGAUCACAACCCCGAUUUUGAGUACUCCCCAUGAGUGAAAAAAGGAAAGAGGUGGCCGGAGAGGCGUAGUGUUCAAUGUAUUCUGAGCGCCUACAUUUGCAUCCAGGUGUUGUGUGUUUAAUUUCAUCAGUCCCUGAUCUACCAAACUUUUCAUUCUGUGCCAAAGAGCCAUGGGUCCAGUAAGGUCCAGUGCUCAACGUUUGCAGAUUCAGGUAUUUGAAGCAGAAAUGGCCUGAAGCAGCACUUUGCUUACAGUUGAGCGUCUGUAGACAGUGUCUCUGCUGAAUGAUAUCAGUUCACUCUCCUGCUAUCAAAUUCUAUUUUCACAACUGUCUCAAGGAAGCUAGUGCUGUUUCUACCACAUAUAUUUUGCUUAAAAUUUUAAAGUAUCUGGUGAGGGUGGAAACUUUUUCCUAACUGUUUAGUUAAUGGGAAAAGAAGGCGAUUGAAGAAUGUGAUGACAAUCUUUCUGCUGACACCAUGUUCAGUUUAUAUGAACUAUCCCGACAUGCCUUGUGUGGUAGCAAUAUCCAAAGACUUGCCAAAGAAGGUGGUGCAACUGGUAUUCUACAAAUAGGUAAGGGACACAUAGACGACUUCCUUGGAGGAGAAGAUGAUGCUCCUUUCCCUAGUUUUUGUGUUGGUGCGGCUUCCAAUAGCAGUGGAUUGGAAAUUAUAUACUAUAUAAAUCCUUCCUGUGUAUCUGACUCCUUCCACAAUUCUUUUAGGCAGGACUGUUAUCCUUGAACCUGCAGAGUUCAUCUUCCAUUUUAAACUCAAAAGGAUCGGCAAUUCUGUGAAAAAAAUAUCUCGCCCUCUGAAUUGUUCAGCUUAAGUAAAGCACUGAGCAAUAGAGAAAAUGAUUCGGAAGUAAAAGAGCUGCAUUGCUACAGUUUGGGAAAAAUUCCAAACAGAGCAAGGAAUUAAAGGCAGUGAGAAGUGUCCAUCCAUUGGAUGUGAAUCUUUUAUUGGUAAGAGGAAAAUUGUUGGCUGAAUUCCUUUCUUUCACAAAACUUUCCUUCUCUCUUAUACUUCUGGUCUGUUCUUUGUGCCCAUUGAGUGCAAAGAGAGGACAAGCACAAAGUUUCUGGAAAUUCAGAAUGCUUGUUGAUGCGUUGGACUUCGCAUGUGUUACGUACUAGGAAGGGUGCAUGUGUGUAUUACUUAAUAGUCUAUCGAACCUUCCUGUGUAGUAAUCAUAGUAGAGAGGAAAGAGCAACACAAAAUUAAGGAUAGCAAAGAUCUACAGAAAUCAGAUAAACGGUGAUUCAGAGAAAGUUAAUUAUUUCAUCCUGAUUCGUUGUAAAGAAAUUCAGCGAUGAGGUAUUAUAAGUCAGCAAGAAUACCUUACGCUGUGCAGAUGACACUGAUCACCAUGUUGGUUUGUUUAGGAAGGGUCUGGACUUUGACUUUGUCUAACAAACAGAAAACUAAAGUUAAUGAUAAUGCACAAUUUACCCUCAAUGAUUAUUUUAGAUUGAGAAACCAGGGCAUUUGCUAAUCUCUCAAGUGACUUCUCAGGUGGUCGCCACUAGCCACAGGUGGCUCUUUCCAUUUAAAUUAAUUAAAAUUAAAUAAAACGAAAGAAUUCAGAUCCUCAGCCCUACUAGCCACAUCUCAAGUGCUCAGUGGCCAGUGCGCCGCUGGGGCGUGUCCACACAGCACGACAGAACACGGCUGUCACCAUGGGAGGUCCCACUGGGCAGGGCUGCAGGGGGCUUUCCUUUCCAUGCUCUCUCCUGGAGGAAGGAAAAGGUGGAGGAAAGAGGAAAGCGAAGACUUGGUAGAUCUUGGGCACAUCCAAGCGAUUUUGAACUCAGAAAGGCAGCAUGCAGUAAUGCCAAGAAUUAGCCAUCGCUGUGAGUUUCCACUUUGCUAUCUUUGGAAAAAUCACUUUGACCUCCAUGAGACUCUAUUUGCAAUUUUGGAAAAUAAAAAUAAUUUUUGUCCUGUC